AUGGAACUCGUCGUCAGAAGCUAUCAUCGCACAUACUGGGAUCAACUUCCGGCAAUUGGCAUUACCCGCUGCGCAAACGUCUUUGGCUAUGGUGACGUCAAUCAGAGACGCGUCAUACCGCUGUUUGUAACGAAAGCGCUGCGCGAACGAGAAAUAGAGCUUAAAUACCGCAAAAACGGCCGCCAGUUCAUCCAUAUGGCCGAUGCAAUUUCUGGCUACGUGCUAGCAGCCUCAGGCUUAAACGAAGGCGGCCAGCAGGAAAAGAAAGGCCUCAAGAAACCCGAAGGCACAAGCCCAUUUACGCCUACAUUUCAUUUCGCAAUUGAAGAAUAUGGUGUUGCUGGCGAGCCUUUCAUUCGCAUGCAAGAACUUGCUGAGCGAGUCGCCGCUCUACUUGAUUCCAAAGUGAAAGAGUCACCAGACUGUCGCGACUACGCUGAGAAUGAAAAUAAGAUUCAAGCCCUCAGCUGCAAGCAGACCAGAGCUGCUCUUGGCUGGCAAGUAAGGAGAACCCUGGACACUGAGAUAAGGCACCUUGCCACGUGGUACGGUGCCGACUUAGAGCGACACGAUCUUGAGACUUUGAUCAGCCGCGAUAUCGAUGACAUCGUCACCGCUCUUGCUAGCGCGCAGGAGAAUCCAGCAUGA